AUGAAUCUUUUCCAUUCUCUGCAUGAUGAGGAGUUCAUCAAAAGAUCCCGCUUAACAAAAACAACAGCACUCAAUUUACUAGACAAGUUACAGAUUCAAGAAACUCGAGAUGGCAGAGUACCACCCCACCUACAACUGUUAAUUACAUUCCGAUGGAUGGCCACUGGUAGCUUCCAGUUGACUAUUGCUGACACUUUUGACGUUUCACAACUUGUGAGCAACUGCACAGCCAAAAUAGUCCGAGCCAUUGCAUCUCUGCUACAAGAUUAUGUGAAACGACCAUCGAGAGAACAUUUUUCUAACAUCAGGAAUUAUUAUUUUGAAAUGUCUGGUUUUCCUGGGGUAUUGAGUGCAGUUGACUGCACACAUAUACCUAUUCAUAGUCCUGGAGGUGUUACAGCAGAAGAGUUCAGGUGUGACUCAGCCUAUCCACUGCUACCAUUCCUCCUCACCCCAGUGGCAAAUCCUGUUGGCCAAAGAGAAGUCAGAUACAAUAUAUCACAUUCCAAAGCACGAAAUACCAUUAGAGCAUUUGGUGUUCUGAAAAUGAGAUUCCGGUGCCUCACCAUUCCAUUGAAUAUUAAUUUAACAGCAAUCCUCAGGAUAUGA